UCUACCACCAAAGCCAACAUGUACCCCGUAUUUUGGUUGUCGAAUGAUACAUUAUAAGCCGUUGAGAAUCCCAGAGAAGCGUCUUCGCAAAGAAUGACCAGGCACGACGAACAGUGGCAAAGGGAGGGCGCUGGUCUGGUAGCAUUUGCCGACUGUGGCUCAGUUCACUUGCCAGCGCCCUCUGCCAGCGCAACCCGCUGUUUGAGAGCCUCCAAUCGCUCGACAGCCAUACUCAAUCCAUUCUCAUGUCGCUUCCGCAUCGUCUGGAAUGUCAGCACGGCUGCCUGCGAUGCAUGUCCCGUCUGCUCUUCGCUGUGGUUCAUCAGCUGGGCCAGCCGCUCCUGCAGCUCAUCGACCUGCUCAGCGACUCCGCCGGGCCCGGCCACUGCCCCCAAUACACCGCCGAUGUCGCGUGAAAGCGCCUGCUCGGACCGCGUCAAUGUCGGCUGGUAGUGGGCAACCAGCAGCCGCAGCAGCUGGUCAACGCGCACCGGCGAGCUUCGAGCUGUUAUCCUGGAUUCCCGCAAGCCGCUUCCGCGACUCACCAAGUUGCUUAAAGUGGUUCGCGAAGCCUGCCGAGAUCUCGCGCAGCUUGUCGCACUGGCGGCGGUGCUCCUGCACCUGCAGCUCGACCCGCGCCUCCAUCUUCUGGUGCUCGUGGGCGACCUCGCCCAGGUGGCCGCGCAGCUGCCCGACUAUGGUGCCUAGCUGCGACAACUUGACCUCGUUGACUGUCUCUGCGUCCCCGGGCUCGUUCAAUACCAGUCGCGGCGCCUGGAACGCAAGGUCAGAGUCGCUUGGUGCCGAGUACACGGGCAGCGGGAGUCCGCGGCACGUACUGCACGUUCUCGUCACCCAGCACCAGCACACCUGUCUCCUCGUCGAUGUCAUCGUGUGCUGAGUUGUCACCAGGAUUGUCGUCAUUGGUAUACUCUGGCAACAUGAUAGCUGCUGGCCACCAAGCUUGCUGGGCGCAACUAUGGCAAUGAUCGAGUAGGCCAGGUAGGGAUCGUCGACCACCACGCCACCAACCUACGGGCAGC